UUUCAGAGUAUAUAUCCUUUGCGUGUGCGCUUCUGCUUCAGUCCACCACUGCACCAAGACGGUAUAUUCAUCGCAAGUCAGUCAGACUCUGAUACUCUGCAAACAUGGCCGACAAACCAAACCUGGAGGAGGUAACCAGCUUUGACAAGACCAAGCUGAAGAAGACUGAGACUCAAGAGAAAAAUCCCCUGCCAUCACAAGAAACCAUUGAACAGGAGAAGAAGGCUGAGUCGUGAACACGGAAGCUCCACCAUGCACUGUACAUUCCACAAGCAUUGCCUUCUUUUUCACUUUUUAGCUGUUUAACUUUGUAACCGAAAAACCUAAGUUGCAUUGUGAUUGGACGAAAGCAGAUGACUGUGCAGCACCCCCCUGCCCCCCCUCCCCACGUAGCUCUUAGCCCCUUCAGCAAGGAUGAACGAAAACUACUGACUGUCUGUACAGAGAAACCUGCCGCCCACCCUCCCGCCACGGCGUAGCUCCCCUCUUGUUCCCCUUCCCCUCUACCAGACAUCUCGCCUGCUUCAAACACCUCCGCAUGGCAAUAUGAGGAAGAGCAAGGGCGUGGCCAACCAAUCGCAGGACUCGCACGCUCUCCACGUCUGAAUAGUGUGGCUUCUGGCAUAUUGUAAAAUGCUUUCAAAUUGGGCAAAAAUUUCUUGUGUGUUUUUUUUUUUUUUUUCAUUUCAAUUCUUGGAAUGCACAUUUUGUUUUGAUAUGCAAAUAAAAAUGUAAAACCCA